AUUAGAGGCAAAUGCAAAGGAACAUUCCAUUGAAAAAAGAAAAAAGCAGUUUUUAGUUGUUUUUAAGCAUUUAUUAUUAUAACAUUCAAGGAAAAUAUAAAACGAGUUCUUUUUACCCCUAAAUCCUAUCCAUUCUCAUUUUGCAUGCAAUGGAUGGGAUUCCCUCAAAUCCAGAUAGGGUGGGGACAAAAGCGAACCAGUAAUCAGAAUCUGAGAUAUUUCUUUCUGCAUUUUGCAUCUUGAGGUCUAAAAUCUUGAACAUGGCUUCCUUCUUCGUUUCUCCACCCAUUUUCUCCCUCCCCACCACAAGAACUCAUCACAUCUCAUCAUCGUCGGCGACGCCGCCACCGCCACCUUCUUCUUCACCAGACCCUCAGCCCCAGAAAUCGGCUUCACAGUUAAGCACUGAGUCGCCUGAAGAAUCAGUACCGGGCUCUCUAAAAGCACAACAACAGAAGCCCAUUAAACCUGUGGCUUCUUCUUCAUCGUCAUCUUCAUCUUUUACAUCUGGCACUAAGGCUGAUUCCACAGAUUGGGUGGCCACCUCUUUAACAAGAAGGUUCGGGCUAGGAGCUGGGCUUGCUUGGGUUGCUUUUCUUGCCGUAGGCGUUGUCUCUGAACAAAUCAAGACUCGCCUUGAGGUUUCUCAACAAGAGGCUAACACAAGGACAGUGGAGAAGGAGGAAGAGGUGGUCCUCCCUAACGGCAUAAGAUACUACGAGCUGAAGGUUGGGGGAGGAGCAACGCCACGGACAGGGGACUUGGUGGUGAUAGACAUAGAGGGGAAGGUAAGAGAGAGCGGGCAAGUGUUUGUGGAGACAUUUGGGAAGGAGAAGAAGCCGCUGGCUCUGGUAAUGGGGUCAAGGCCUUACAGCAAGGGACUGUGUGAAGGGGUAGAGACUGUGAUAAAGUCCAUGAAAGCUGGAGGGAAGAGAAGAGUGAUAGUGCCUCCAUCUCUAGGGUUUGGAGACGACGGUGCUGAUUUAGGGAAUGGAGUUCAGAUCCCUGCUCAGGCUACACUUGAAUAUGUUGUUGAGGUUGAAAGAGUUUCCAUUGCUCCUGCUUAGUUAACACUUAGCACCUUGCUCCUUCACUUUCACAAAAAGUUCUUUAAUUUAAUGACUUUUGACUUCAUUUUGGAGAUUAUUACAUUAUCUGUAAGUAAUAUUCAUUCUUUUGCUUCGUCA